UUAUUGUAAAGCAUAAUAAACAAUUUUCUCUUCCUCAAUCUUGCUUCAUUCUUAAACAAAGUCGGAACUUCAGUCUCACACCAGUUAGAAGUAUUAGUCAAGAAUUCAAGUUUGUUUACUUCAACCAAAUGAAUCUUGCUGAGAAAUCAACUGUCCACAACAGGAAGACGGCAAGCGCCAUCAUCAAUCCUGAUAUUCUUAGGCUCCUUGCAGACAUCAAUUCAGAUUUUAUGAGGUCAGAAUACGACGAAGAGACAAUUAUGAAAACAUCGUCUGACUGUUGGGUGGCGGGUAAAAAGUCUGAUCAACGUGAAUUCUAUGUGGUUCUGAAUCUAAAGAACAGCAACUUGAUUGAGGUCAACGGUGAGUAUAUACUGAUUUUACCAUGUAGGCUGUAGUGGGGGAACGGCUGAUCCAUUUUAAUACACUGUAAUAAUAUUGCGGAUGUAUCUAGAUGUAUAUUAUGGCUUUGUUUAGAUAUAGUGUGUAUAAGUAUAUAUGGCUAUGCCAGAUGUAUCUGUGGAUGUGCCUAGAUGUGUGUGGCCAUAUGCCAGAUGUAUAUAUAACUGUCUCUACAUGUACAUAUGACAGUUUGUCUAGAUUUAUAUAUGGCUAUGCCAGAUGUAUAUAUGGCUG